AUAUUUCAUUCAAUAGUCUUAUCUAAAGCUGCUACGCCAAAAACCGCAAUCUUCACGUAUCGUAACUACAUUUAUCUUUCAAGUCUGUUAACUUUGCUACAUUUUCUACAACUUCAAAAUAUCGAAAUGAGUAACAAAAUGUUAAGAAAAAAAAGGCACGCUAAAAGUGAUCUUCAAAAAGUGGGACACGAAAUUAAACCAGAUAUAAUGUUAUGUACGCAAAAUAAAAUGCUUCCUACUUUCAAAUCCAUAUCCUCAAAAAUGUCUCCAAGGAUUUGCUCUUUUCCAAAUGUUAAACCUACGAUGAUGCAAGUUUCCAAGCGUAGAAAUAAACCUACAUUAUCGUUCCUACAAAGCCCAUCGCACGAUUUUCAUAAAAACAUCCAAGAAAAACGGAAGGUACGUCGUCCUACUUGCAACAAGUCAUACAAAAAGCGAUAUGAGAAGAACAUUAACCACGAUAACUUAGAUUCGCAAAAAGAUCAUAUUUCUAGUACUUCCGAACAGUCUUAUAAAUCGAGAAGGUUAACGGAAGAAAACGAAAAUAAAUCUCUAUUAUUUCCGAAUAUAUCGAACGAUAAAAAUUACUCCCAGGAAAAAAUGAUUAAUUCUAAUAGAGAGUCCUUUCCUAUUUCUACAUUAGCAUUACGUAGCGAUACGCCACAAAAGCAGAAAAUGCUUAAACGAUCGUACAAAAAAGAUCAAUCUUCUGCUGAAAAAAACAUUUUACUUUGUAAGAACAAAAAUACGUUACAUAGAACCAAUAUAUUUAUGCCGAUGGCUCAAAAUAUUUUUCAAGAGGCAGAAAAAACAAACAUAAAUUGCAUUAACUAUAUAACGUCAAAUCUUAAUCGUAUAGAAAAUAAAUAUCGACCCAAAACUGUCGGGUUAACGUUCUCAAAGAUGAAAACUACUAAUAAUGAAGAUUUAUUAAUUGCUCCAAUGUACCAAUCAUUUUUUUGCAAUCUUAUUACGCCUGAGUUACGCAAUAACGGCAAUAGAAAAGGCAUUAAUAUGAAAAAUAAACUAUAUACCAGUUACAGCGAGCAUAUGGUGAAAAUUGUAAAUUAUAACAGUGAAACGAGAUUAUUACAAAUGUACCAUCCUAAAAUUUGUUAUUUAUGUUGUAGUACAGAAAAAAAAAAUGACAUGAAACGAUCAAUAAGUACCACAAGAUAUAGCAGAUCUACCCAAUGUGUAUUCGACAUAAAAAAUAAUAAUUCACAUUUGCAUAUUUCACAAAGUAAACACGAUAAUCUAAACAAUGACCAACAAUACAAUGUUCGAUAUUCGUUUAAAGAUAUCAAUUAUAUACCUAUGCCUGAAAAGAGCUCUUGCUUAAUAAAAACGUGCAAAGCAAAAGAUAAUAAACAAUAUCUGGGAGCUGAAUGUGACUGUAAAAUAAAAUAUUCCUGGCAAAUUAUAGGCACAAGUUCGCAAACUUCAAAAGUUUUGCUACAUAAUGUUCUAGAAGAAAAUCAAAUUCAAUUUUGUAAUCAUAAUAAUAAACCUUCGACGUAUAAAUGCGAGAUCAAAUACUCUUGGCAAAUUGUAGGUACUGGAACACAGGUUGCAUUGCAAAAUAGCAAUGAUACAGAUUAUUGGACCGGAGUUAUAUUUUCACCCAAUAUUCAUCGAAAUAAAAAAACGGUUAUUAACGAGGGAAAGAAAAACACUUACGACGACAUUGGAUUGUGCGAAUUACAAGCAUGCAGAAAAAAAUGUUUAAUUUUAAAUAAUCAAUGUAUUCAGACACUUGCCGAGAAAAAAACUCAAACUGACAUUCUUGACUGUAAAGUAAAAUAUUCAUGGCAAGAUUUAAUUCUACAACAUUUGUAAAUUAAGCAAAAUAGAAAAUAAUUAUAAUACACAACGUAGUUCUUGUGAUAGAUGUAAUCGGGGCUGGUCGCGACAAUUGGAUUUUUGAAAGCUUUAAAUAUAUACAUAUAUAGGAAAAAGGUGCGAUUAGCGCGACGUCCAGCGACGAACUAAACGAAGCACUCUACACGUGCAAUGAAAAUAUUUCCAUGAAAUAUUGAGAAAUAACAAAGAUAAGAGAAUGCUAUUACAUACUUAUUAGUACUUUUAAAUAUUUCCUCGUAUAUUACAUACGAUUAUUACAUUCGUAUUUUUCUAUUUUAAAUUUGCAAUGUCCUUAUCGGUGUUAAUUAUCGUACAACGUUUUCUAUUGCAUAACCUGAAAAUAUGUAUCAUAAUGUAAUCGUUAAGUUGCACAUUUUAAAAUAAAGCGACAUACGAGACAUAUAAUCGCAAUUAUGUCGACAACUUACACAGCAUUUAUAACUGGAGUUGUAAUAGCAUCACUAACAUGGAUACUGAGCUUAUACCUUUACUCGACGCUUUCUCAUAAUGAAGGAAAUAAGAAUAUUUACUCGUCGUUACCUGCAUCAAAUUUCUUACAAGUUUUAACAAAGGCCAAAGCUUUUGAUAAAGGUAUAAAUAAUUAUGAAAACAGCAACAAGCUACUGCAUCAUUUACAAGCAGUUUCGCUUAAACCUUCUAUAACGUUAGGCAAUGGAUUGGAUACUUUAGGAAUGGUGAGGAAUUUGGAAGAUCAACAAAAAAGAGAUGAAGGAUAUAAAAAUUAUUCCUUUAAUAUCUUAGUAUCGGAUAAUAUUGGUUUUUACAGAGACAUACCAGACACGAGAAAUGAAUUAUGUCAAACGCAAAAGUAUGCAAACGAUUUGCCAAAUGCUAGUAUCGUUAUUUGCUUCUACAAUGAACAUUAUACAACACUCAUGAGAUCUUUGCAAUCUUUGAUCGUAAGAACACCAAUGUCAUUAUUACAUGAAAUUAUUUUAGUGAAUGAUUAUAGCGAGAGUAAUAUGUUACAUGAAAAAAUAAAACGUUACAUCGAUAACCUUAAUGGCAAAGUAAAAUUAUUUAAAACUGAAAGGAGAGAAGGAUUGAUUAGAGCAAGAAUGUUUGGUGCAAGAAAGGCAACAGGGAACGUUUUAAUAUUUUUAGAUAGUCACAUUGAAGUAAAUAUAAAAUGGAUAGAACCUCUUCUUUCAAGAAUAGCAUAUUCAAGGACUAUUGUAGCCAUGCCAGUUAUCGAUAUUAUAAACGCAGAUACAUUCCAAUAUACUGGGAGUCCUUUGGUCAGAGGAGGUUUUAAUUGGGGACUGCAUUUUAAAUGGGACAAUUUACCCAUUGGUACAUUAACCAAUCACAAAGACUUUGUGAAACCUAUCAAAUCGCCAACUAUGGCAGGAGGAUUAUUUGCUAUUGACAAAACAUACUUUAUGGAAUUAGGUGAAUAUGAUCCUGGCAUGGAUAUUUGGGGUGGUGAAAAUCUAGAAAUCUCCUUUAGAAUAUGGAUGUGUGGUGGAAGUAUUGAACUUAUACCAUGUUCUAGAGUUGGUCAUGUUUUCAGAAGACGCAGGCCAUAUGGUAGUAACGAACAAUAUGAUACGAUGCUAAAAAAUUCUUUACGCGUUGCACAUGUAUGGAUGGACGAAUAUAAAGAUUAUUUUUUAAAAAAUGUUAAAAAAAUAGAUUAUGGUGAUAUUUCUGAUAGAAUUGCUUUACGACAAAGAUUAAACUGCAAAAGUUUUGCUUGGUAUCUCAAAGUAGUUUACCCUGAAUUAGCAUUGCCGGAUGAUAAUGAAAGUCAAUUAAAGGACAAAUGGUCAAAGUUAGAACAAAAACCGAUGCAACCUUGGCAUUCAAGAAAAAGAAAUUACAUUGAUCAAUAUCAAAUCAGACUUACUAAUUCCACAUUGUGCAUCCAAAGUGAAAGAGAUAUCAAAACUAAAGGUUCGAAACUCAUUUUAGCUCCUUGUUUAAGAAUUAAAUCACAGAUGUGGUAUGAAACGGCAAAAAAUGAAUUGAUACUUGGGCAAGUGCUUUGUAUGGAGGGAGGAGGGAAGGUACCAAAGCUUGGAAAGUGUCACGAGAUGGGUGGAAAUCAAGAUUGGCGACAUAAAAGCUCUAAUGGUACACCUAUUUACAAUAUGGCAAUUGGUACAUGCUUGGGAGCCUUAAGAGCAAGUAAAAAGGCAGAAAUUAUCAUGGAUUUAUGUACCAAGUCUGAUGUGUCGUCUAUGUCUUGGGAUCUUGUUCGUUCUAAAAUAGGACAGAAAGCUAUCAGAUGACACAUAAACGGUGUUUAUAAAAGAUAUAUAUGAGGUCUCAUAUCAAAUCGUUUGCACGUAGCAAAAGAAGCGUUCCUGUCUAUUUAACGGAUUUUCGAUUGAAACGAUCGAUAAUUGAUCCAUCUUUCGUAUCUAUCGUAAUUGAUAAAAGAAGAAAAGGAAAAAGAAAGAAGAAAAAAAGAAAAAAAAAAAGGAAAAAUCAGAAAAAUCAUUAAAAAAUAUGAACGAAUUUUUUGUAUGUGUAUUGAUAAGUUUUUUACAAAGUUUAUUUCCGUUUCCAAAAUAUGAUCAAACGUGCAUGAAAGAUAUAUUGCCUUUGCAAGCCCUUCUUUUACGAUCUCUCGUAAACGACUUACGUUCAGUACCGAUGCAUACAAGUACCGACUAAAGUCGAAUAUUUUUCAAUCUAUUGAAAAAUUCUACAUUACAAUUCGUUGUAAUUAAACGGAAUCAUUUUUAUAAAUCGCGCUUUCAUUCAAUGACUUGUACAUUUAUUGUAAUAAAGUGAUGUAGAAUCUUUUCUUUGAUAAA